AUGCCUCGACCGGGCCUCCCACUCACACCAGGUUCUUCAUCCGACAUCAAGGGCAAGGACGGCACUCAACAACUCGCCUCCUUCCAGCUCUCCUUCGAGUUGCCGCCCCCAGCUAUCCAUGAUGCGUCUCGCAUCUCCCCCACAGCCUCAUCAUCUCGCGUCUCACCCACCGAUACCAAGUCACACCCACUAGUCACCACCUCCCCCGGGGCAACAUUUCCCAUGCAGCCAGCCGAGACCGUAAAGGCGCGCCGCCGCUCUUCCGCUGCCAAGGAAGCGAAGGAGAGCUCGUUCGCCCUACCACCUCCCCCAACACGAUCCCGGAAAAUCAUCCAGAUGAAGCCUCGAGCGCAGGACACCGGUGGCGACAAUGGUGCUGGUAAGGAGAAAUCAAAGAAGGGUUCAGCAGGGACCAAGAACACAACCGCAGCGACAAACUCAAAAACAACUGGUUCGACAGCUGGAGAUGUCGCGGCAGACGAGAAGGGCAAGAAGAAGCAACCCAGUGCCACGAGCGCAGCAGGACGAAAAAUCGCGAGAAAGACGGCCCAUAGUUUGAUUGAGCGUCGAAGGCGAAGCAAGAUGAACGAGGAGUUUGCGGUGCUCAAGAAUAUGAUCCCGGCCUGCACUGGAGAUAUGCACAAGCUCUCCAUUCUACAGGCGUCUAUCGAGUAUAUCCGGUACCUCGAAGAUUGUGUGUCCAAGUUAAAGGCACAGCAGGAGGAAGAGAGCGCCCGAACCGAAUCCGGCAGGCAAACGCCCACGGCCCGAGACCGUUUGCCUUCUAUCCGCGAAUUUCAUCCAACGUUUCGAGGCGAUCCAGCUGGCUCUGUGGACGAAGACGUCGAGAUGGAGGAUUCGGAUGUCACAUCGCCUGCCAUGACUGCCAUGCCAGAUCAGCAAACCCGCCAUCCAUCUAUAUCACCAGCCCUACCCCCUCAGGAUUCUCGCCAUCGACACCACUCAUAUUCAUCCGUAUCAACAGACCAUCGGCGGUACAGCUAUAGCGUUUCGGCGGGAACAUCGCCGGCAUUUGGUCCGCAAGUGUUUGGGGCACCAUCAUACAGCCGUGGUGAUGCUUCGGCGCCAACCUCAGCCCUGACGAGCCCAGCACUUGACCCCCAGAGCGAGCUUGACCAAGAGGCCAUGGCUGCUUUGUUGAUGCUGAAUAAUGAUCGUCGAGACUCCAAGGGGCGGGGGCUGUCAGUGCGUGAUCUCCUCAGCACAUGA